AUGCCUGUGCUGCCCGUGCCUGUGCUGCCUGUGCCUGUUGCUGCCUGUGCCUGGUGCUGCCCGUGCCUGUGCUGCCCGUGCCUGUGCUGCCCGUGCCUGUGCUGCCUGUGCCUGUUGCUGCCCGUGCCCGUGCUGCCCUGUGCUGCCUGUGCCUGUUGCUGCCUGUGCCUGUGCUGCCCGUGCCUGUGCUGCCCGUGCCUGUGCUGCCUGUGCCUGUUGCUGCCUGUGCCUGUGCUGCCCGUGCCUGUGCUGCCCGUGCCUGUGCUGCCCGUGCUUGUGCUGCCUCUGCCUGUUGCUGCCUGUGCCUGUGCUGCCCGUGCCUGUGCUGCCCGUGCCUGUGCUGCCCGUGCCUGUGCUGCCCUGUGCUGCCUGUGCCUGUUGCUGCCUAUGCCUGUGCUGCCCGUGCCUCUGCUGCCCGUGCCUGUGCUGCCCGUGCCUGUGCUGCUUGUGCCUGUUGCUGCCUGUGCCGGGAGCUGCCCGUGCCUGUGCUGCCCGUGCCUGUGCUGCCUGUGCCUGUUGCUGCCUGUGCCUGUGCUGCCCGUGCCUGUGCUGCCCGUGCCUGUGCUGCCCGUGCCUGUGCUGCCCGUGCCUGUUGCUGCCCGUGCCUGUGCUGCCCUGUGCUGCCUGUGCCUGUUGCUGCCUGUGCCUCUGCUGCCCGUGCCUGUGCUGCCCGUGCCUGUGCUGCCCGUGCUUGUGCUGCCUGUGCCUGUUGCUGCCCGUGCCUGUGCUGCCCUGUGCUGCCCGUGCCUGUGCUGCCUGUGCCUGUUGCUGCCCGUGCCUGUGCUGCCCUGUGCUGCAUGUGCCUGGUGCUGCUCGUGCCUCGCGCUCGCGCCCUCGUGCGCUCUGCUACUCUGUCGCUGA